AUGUUUUGGUAUACGCUUGCGUGUGUGUUCACUCUCUGUGCCCUGGUACGCGCACGGGACCCUGUGAAUCAAUGGGAUGUGCCUGACUUUUACUUUUCUGGUGUUUCGACGUUUGCGCAUUUGCCGCAUGAAAAAUGCUUGGUGCAAGAACAUACAGACUUCGAUGUAGCCGUGUUGGGUGUGCCAUUGGACACAGCGGUUUCGUACAGGCCUGGCGCACGAUUUGGCCCUCGCGCUAUUCGCGCUGGUAGCGCACGUCAGACAGUGUUCCGCUCGUUCAACCCUGCGUUAGGAGUCAAUCCAUACGUCUCCAAAACCAAGUUUUUGGAUUGCGGUGAUAUCCCAGUGACACCCUUUGAUAAUGAAUUAGCGUUCCAGCAGAUUGAGGAUGCCUACGAUGAUUUAUUGCAUCGCAACGUGCCGCAGGGCCCUGGUACGAUUUCAGCGUUGCCGAGUCGUACCAAGAAUGGCAAGCCAGUGCACUUUGCCAAAGACAAGAAGCAGCAUCCGCGUAUGGCUGUCAUGGGAGGCGACCACUCUAUCGCUUUGCCAAUUCUCCGCUCGCUGAACAAGGUGUAUGGCCCCGUGUCGGUCUUGCACUUUGACUCCCAUUUAGAUACAUGGGCCCCGAACCAGUACGGUGCAGCCUCUCGUGGCACCGGUAUCUCUGGCUACACGCAUGGUACCAUGCUGUACCAUGCUAGUCAAGAAGGCCUGGUAAGUAAUACGUCCAUGCAUGUCGGUUUGCGUGGCUUGCUGAGCGGAGCGGACUUUGAAGAUUAUCGCCGUGAUGCCAGCUUGGGCUUUACCUACUUGGAGACCUGGGAAGUGGACCAGCUUGGACUUGAUGGUACCGUCGCUGCAAUUCGCGAGCGUUUGGGCGAUUCACCAGUAUACCUGAGUAUCGAUAUUGAUGUGCUUGACCCGUCGAUUGCCCCUGGCACGGGCACACCUGUCAGCGGUGGCUUAACAUCGCGUGAGCUGCGCAGUAUCAUCCGGAUGCUUUCGGGUAUUAACCUGGUGGGCUGUGAAGUCGUAGAAGUAAGCCCACCUUACGACACGAACGGCGAAGUGACUGCGCUGGCGGCUGCCGAACUGCUCUACGAGCUCAUGUCGGUAAUGGCAAUCCAUCCUCUUGAUAAAGUUACUGUGGAGCCGCAGGCACGACCGCCACGCCCCGUCUCUGCAGCGGCGCCACCUCUGGCUGAAGCGAGGCAAGCCACUCUGUCCUGGCCUCUACUUACGCUUGUACCGGCGGUGUCGGCGGCUCUUGCUACCGUGCUUACGAUGCGCCUACUCUCUCGCACUACCAGUCCUGUAAAAGGUAAAACAGCAUAA